AUGUCUGAACGAAAGGUGCUCACCAAGUACUACCCUCCGGAGUUCGAUCCCUCCAAGAUCGCUCGGACCCCCAAACACCUCCGGCCGACCGGUCCCAAGACCAUCCCUGUCCGCCUCAUGGCUCCCUUCAGCAUGAAAUGCACAUCCUGCGGCGAAUAUAUCUACAAAGGCCGCAAGUUCAACGCCCGGAAGGAAACGACCGACGAGAAGUACUUGACUAUUUCUAUCUACCGUUUCUACAUCCGCUGCACUAGAUGUUCCUCCGAGAUAACCUUCAAGACCGACCCUAAGAACAUGGAUUACACCUGUGAACGAGGCGCGAAACGAAACUUUGAGUCAUGGCGAGACCCCGAAAAUCCAGAGCUGAAAGAGACUGACGAGGAGCGCCUGGAUCGACUGGAGAGAGAGGAAGCCGCGGAAGAGGAAAAUGCAGAACGCAACGCCAUGGAGGAGCUGGAGCAGAAGAUGGAAGAAAGUAAACGAGAGAUGCAAGUCGCAGACGCCCUUGACGAGAUUAUGCAGCGCAAUGCACGCAUAGAGCGCGGCGAGAAGGGUGGCAAGGAGGAGGAGGCUCUCGAUCAAGUGAGAGAUCUCCAAAGAGAGCAGAGAGAGCGGCAAGAACGCGAGGACGCUGAAGCUGCCCGCAACGCAUUCCAGGCCGCCAACGCUGAAAAAGCGAGGCUUCUGGAACAAGAACAGACUCCCGCAAACAGCCAUAUUGCGCACGUCCAGCAUUCACAGCCGCCUCCAUCAUUCGAGAGAAUUAAAAAGAUCAAGAAACCACUAGUCCCCGGAUUGGUGCGCAGGACCGAGCCUACUGCAACACCAAAACCACCACCAGCACCCGUUCCUGCAAAACCACCUACUCUGGGUUUAGGGGACUAUGACUCUGACCAAGAUUGA